AGAGAAGUAAACUCCUGUACCCUGAUCUUAACAGCACUUUUAUAAAAUAUCUCAUUUUGGGAGUAAUACCGUAAAACUUCUAUUUACAAUAUCUGACCGCAGAUCCGACGCGUAUUGGAGACAGGCGAUUAUCUGAGACCCGGCAAUUAUUUGAAGUUUUACGGUAUUAUAUCUACACUGCAAGCUGAAGGAAUACCCUUACACCCAAAUGAACAGUUCAGCAGCAUCUGCAGCAUUUUAAACACAUUCCAUUUCACACAGGAAAACUGUUUAAGAACAAUCGCUAUGGGGCUUCAAGAAUAUCUACAGUACAUGGAUUACGUGAAGGACUCCUAUACCAGCGGGAAGGACGAAAUAGAAAAAGUAUGCGAAACAAUACAAAAUCUGUCAGCUGAUGUCUUUCAAAGGGUGAAGAAGAAUCCCCAAAGCGUCAUCAAGUUAGAAAUGAACACAAAGGAUAUCCUCUCGCACAGCAGCGACAGUGAGUGGGGUCGGGCAGUGAAUGUACACGUCAUUCUCAGGGAGUUCACCAAUUUCAUGGAGAAAACAUAUAUCGCUAUUCGCCACAUCAACGAGUGAAAAUCCAGAAAGAUCGUAUCUGUUUGAGCGUUUUAGUUCAGUGUUUAAGAUGAAGAAAUCUAUUUAAUAUAUUUAAUAAUCUGCUAUUGUCAGUAGGUAAUAAGUGUGUUCUUUGUCAAGAACCCCCAAAAAUAUUUAAUACCUCUUCUGUAAUAAUUAUUUAUUCACUCGAACAAUUGAAUGUAUUUAUUUGUUUAUUUAUACUGUCGUUAUUAAAAUAUACUUAAACAAUACAAGAGUGAUAAUAUUGUUUGAAAUUGUACAUGUAAACUUGUUAAAAAUGGCACCCUCCUGUCCUGAUUGGUGGGAAAAAACCGAAACCUUUUAAUAUUCAACCUCACAGCUAAUCAGACUGUGCUGCAUAGUCAAUACUGUAUUUGCUGUGCUGGGUAAGUGUACUAGCAUCAGGAUUACAGUCUAGUUACAGUACAUUAAUACAGUAUGUAUUUUCUUGAGAAACAGGAAAAUGUGGUAUUACUGGUUUAAGCAGUAUUUAAAAAAAAAAAAAAAACUUAUUCAGAACAUGGCAUUUUAUUUAUUAUUUAUUUAUAGAUAACCAGUCACUAUUUUACAGCAAAAAAAAGCAAACAGAUAUUCUUCAUAUUUAAGUAUUUUUUGUAUUAAUAUAAAGAUAGACAAUGGUUUAUAGCCACGGGCAGAAGUUGCUAAGUGUCCACUGCAGGCAAGUUACAGUAUACCUUGGGUCAUAUUCAGAACACAUGACCGUGCAGGUAAAUUCAUUUCAAUUACAUGCAUUUAAGCCUUAAUGAAUACCUCAUUAUUAAAAUGUGUGUUGCUGUGCGGCAUGGUAAAAUGUAAGCUUUUUUAAUAUAGACUGUUUUAACAUGUUUAUUGGUGGGAUAUGUUGGUUAUGUAUUGUUGCGGUUAUGGUAUUUAUUUGAAAAAUAAGCUUGUUGUGCUAGUUACUGUGAUGUGUUCUCCAUGCUGUCCAUCUAU